AUGGAUGACCUGCUUGACCUUAACUGGUCAGACAACAACUUUUCCCAACAACAGCAACGAAAACAACAACCGAAGCAAUCGAAUGAUGUCUUUGCCGACCUGCUUUCUUUUUCUUCUUCAAAACCCAACACUGCACCUUCCCUCAAUCAGCAGCGUCUCCAACAACAAGAACAACGACAACAGCAAACAACACUUAUUCCUUCUUCUUCUUCUUCUUCUUCUCCUUCUAUUACUCGUGUAUCUGCUAACAACUCAAUUUCAUCAUCUUCAUCUACAACAUCCAGUAUAGCAACAACACCAAGACCAUUACAACAACCACUUGCUCCAAAUGAAUUGCUGGAUCCUUUUGGCAAGUCAAAGUCGAAACAACAAUCUAAUCUUCCAUUGAAUGCUUUGCGAUCCCAAACAGUAGAAACUGCUUCGAGUUCAGGUGCGAGUAGCCCAUGGAAUUUUGACUUAUUAUCUCCAGAAACUACUUCCUCUGUUACUUCUUCCGUUGAUCAAUCUGAUCAUAACAACAACAACAAUAAUAAUAAUAUACCAUUGGAUCCGUUCGAUAUGGAUUCCUUGAUGAACGUUACAAAUACAGUUGAUUCCAAUCCAUCAUCCAGUGUCCCUAUGGAAUAUGGUGAAUAUAAUGAUGACGAUGAUGAUGAUGAUGAAAGCAAUCCUCUAGGUCUUUUGGCACAACCUGUCAGCAAAUCAAUCAAGCAUAUUGUAAGUUACUAUAUGUCAUCCAUUCCUGAUCCAACAAAAAAAUCCAAUCAGAAUAAUAAUGAACAUGGUCGACAACAACAACAACAACAACAACAACAACAACAUGAUUCGCUUCUUGCGCAGCUGGUUGAUAUGGGAUUUGGUGUGGAAGAAUCUCAAGUUGCAUUGGAAGCCAGCGGUAAUAUUGAUUUACAAUCGGCUAUUGAUCUCAUAGUACAACAGACGGAAGCUCUAAGACGACAACAACAUGACAACAAACAACAAAAGACUAAUGUACAAGAUAACGAUGAUGGAACCUCAACGCCUUCCUCAGCUACAUCAGAAACUUCUUUCCAACAACAAAAAGAACGACUCGUCUCACAGGCAACUGAAUUGGGUGGUUAUUUUUACAAGAAUGCUAGUCUCCUUGUGAAAUCUGGAAAACAAAAAAUAUCAAAAGCCAUGGAAGAAUACAAAGUACAACAAACGCAACAACGACAAGGACGACCCAAGUGGAUGACGGAAAGUAAUAAUGAUGACGAAUCUUGGUCAACAACAGAUGGUGUUAUCAAUGAUAGCAAUGGGUCGGGCACUAUGGAAAAGUUUGUUGACAGCGAUGACGAUAACGAAAAUAGCAAUGAUAGGCCGGAUAGACAAAUGAUUGAAAGGAUGGAAGAGGAACGACGUCACCUGGAAGCUUUACGACGCAAACAACAAAAGGAACAAGAAAGACAACGCCAACAAAAACCUGUCUUUAGAUCACGACUAGUAGCAGAUGAUGAUGAUGAUGAUGAUGAUAAGCAGUACAUUUCCCCAUCGCGACGACGACAGCCUCAACAACAACAGAAACAACAACAACAGAAACAAACUCCUUCAGCAAUUAAUGGAACAAGAACUGCACCUGCAACUAAACAACCUACUCGAACUAUUGUUGAAGCCUCGCCUACUGUUCUAACAUUAGUAACAGAAUGUCGUCAGAAAGGAAACGAACUCUACAAACUGGGACAAUUUGGGGAUGCGGAAGUGGCCUAUUCAGAAGCAAUUGAACUAUUACCUACUGGACACUAUCAUUCUAUUCUUCUCAGUAACAACCGCGCUAUGACAAGAUUGAAAACGGGACAUUACAAACAAUGCAUUGAAGAUUGUGAUAUAGUUCUGGAUAUAGCUGGUGAUAUGGCAGAAGGAAAUGUGAUGACACAAGGUGGUAUUGAAAUCAAUGCAAAAGAUCAAAUCAUCAAGGCAUUACAUCGAAAAUCAGAAGCUCUGGAACAUAUGGAAAAGUACUCACAAGCUUUAGCCACGUAUGAAGAAUUGACCAAAUGGGAAGGGACUGGCAAUAUCAAGGUGAAUCAAGCGUUGGCAAGAUGUCGAAGAAUUGUACACGGAUCACCACCUGCAAAACCAUCUCCAGCUAGGAAAAAAACACCUAAGAUUGUUAAUGAUUAUAGCGAGAGCAAGGCAGUAUCAGCAAUGCGAGCACAGGCGGCACAACAAGAUGCGGAUGAUGCAGAAAGGUUGGCCAAGACAGAUCAAGUGAACGAAAGAAUAGCGAAAUGGAAACAAGGCAAGGAAACAAAUCUGCGGGCAUUAUUGGCAACUUUGGAUACUUUACUAUGGUCAGAAGCAAAUUGGAAAAGUAUUCAAAUGAGUGAAUUGAUUCAACCCAAGAAAUGCAAAAUCAAUUAUCUCAAGGCUAUUGGAAAAGUACAUCCUGAUAAGGUAAUAUAUAUAUAUAUAUAUAUAUAG